GGUAUUUUGCAGCAUCUCCUCCUGUGGCACCUGGAGGCGCGGCCCCGACCGCGCGCCCGGGCCCGAUCUCCUCUCCUGGUGCCGCCGCGGACAGCUGGCGCAUCUCCGCACGGCUCCGCCGGAAGCCCGCGGGCCCCGCGCGACCGCCGCACCGCCGAGAGGCCCCCUCGCAGCAUGAGCGCACGCCUCGCCGGGGUGGCCCUCCUGGCCGUGGCCGCGCGCGCGGAGCGGCAGGCCCCUCGCGCCCCCGGGGGGUGCGAGGCGCCCCGGCGCUGGCGGCCCGCUCCGGCGCCGCAGCUGUCGCUCAUCCAGGCGGGCCGGCCCUCCCUCGGGCUCGCGCAGCCGCAGCCCUCCUGCCUGCCGCCCGGGCAGUGGCCCGACGUCGACGGCGGCGUCACCUGCGGCGGCUGCACGGCGCUGGUGCGCACGGCGCCGUACGGCGGCCGCUGCGACAGGUACUGCGAGAGCUUCCAGCACGUGUGCGCGGCAGCUGCCGAGGAGGCCGCCGAGAGCUGCGGCGUGCUGUACGAGGCCCGGUGCGACGCGGAGAUCGCGGGGACGUCGGACAUGCUCUGCACGUGCUCCUCCCGGCGCCCGACGUCCGCGGGCGGGGCCGCCGGCGGCGCGGCGGGCCCGCCGGCCGCGGGGGAGUGCUGGGGCGAGCUCCCGGGCCUGGCCGCCGAGGAGGGCGAGGACGCCGGGGUGGCCUGGACCUCCUCGGAGGAGCGGUGCCGGGCGGCCUGCCAGGCCGAGGGGGGCUGCUUGAGCGCUAGCUUCUGUCCGCAGUGGAACGGGUGCCACAUGAAGAAGAGGGCCUUCUCUGGCGGCGAGGCCACCGUGUCCAAGGGCCAGUGCAAAACCCUGUACCGUAGGAGCUGCCAGGGCGCGCCGCCACCGAGCUGGGCGCCCACUCGCGCGCCGACCCUGGCGCCGACAUUGGCGUCGACCCCAGCGCCGACCCAGUCGUCGGCCCCAGGGCCAUCGCCAGUGAGCGUGGGGGUGUGCUGGAGGGAACUGUCUGGGCUGGCAGCGGACGAGGGGGAUCAAGUGGGACAGACAGUCUACACCUCCUCGGUGGCCGAGUGCAGGGCGGUCUGCGACGGGAGGGCGGACUGCCGCAGCAUCACCCUGUGCCCCCAGUGGGGCUCGUGCUGGAUGAAGGCCAGGGCCUUCGCUGGCAGCGAGGCCACGGUCUCCAAGGGCGAGUGCCAGACCUACUUCAAGGCACCUGGCGGCGGCUGCGACGCCUCUGCCCAGCCGACCACCGCGCCAGCCUCGGCGGGGAAGGUCAGGGUCGUCACCUACAACCUCUUCUGGUGGAAUGCCUUUGGCAGCAACCGCUGGUCUGCUGGCGAGAGCGUCCUGAGGAACAUCCGGGAUAACCUCGGCUCGGCCCUCCUGGGCGUGCAGGAGUGCGACGACCCGUCGCUUGUCCAGCAGAGCACCGGCUACCAGCCCGCUUCCUCCUUCGCUGGAGCCCAAGGAACCUUCGUCGACGGCGGUCUGUUCGAGGUGUCCCGCGAUGUUGGGGCUACGGGAUACCAGGACCUCCAGGCGAGGGGGAAGUGGGGCCCGCGCUACGCAACGUGGGCACGGGUGUCGCACAAGCCCACCGGCCGCAGCAUUUGGCACUUCAACACGCAUUGGUGCGUUCACAACGGCAACGGCCACACCUGCACCUGGGAGACUCGCCUCGCUGGGGCGAGGAACAUGGUCAACCUCAUCAGGGAGAAGGCGGGCACACGAGGCGGGGCCCUGCGGGACCCCGUCGUCAUCACGGGCGACUUCAACCUCGGCGUGAACGAGGCGGGGAUGCGGCACCUUCUCGACAACGGCUUCUCCUUGGCCAAGUAUGACAGGCCCGACUUCGUCCUCUUCUCGACCCCGCACUUCCGACUGCUCAGUUCGGGCAUCGGCGAUUCUGCUGGAAGCGACCAUUCGCCUGUCUUUGCAGAGCUGGAGUUUGUGUGAUAUCCCGACGGAACCAUCGCAUACACUGUACAAAACAAAUUUCACGAGCGUUUCAAUUCUUACGUGUCAGACGUGCACCUAUUCCAACCUCCAGGUAGCCUGACCAGCCAAGGCACAGCAUCGGCAGUUGGCUGCGCAACUUUGAGGUGCGCUGCAGACUCGCACAGUACAGGAAUUUCAAGGAAUUGGCACUGCCUCUGCGCAUCCUGCACGACAGGCGAGCUCCUCAGCAGCGGGCGACCGCCAGCACUCCGCUUGCCGAGGGGCAGCCUGCCGCCGCGUUACAGAUAGGAUUCCGCCUCGGAAGGCGCUGCUUGCCGCGCGUACCCCCGGCACGCUGUACCCUCGCGGCUCAGGAGGAGAAAAGCACACAGAC